AUGGCCGGCGGUGGAAAUUUCAUUCACAGAGUGAUAUACUAUCUCGCGAAUGAGCUUAUCGUUAAUGGGCUCGCGAAUAGCCCGAGAUUCCAGAGGUUUGCAGUGAGGACGUCAAAGAAGAUGGAUGAAUUAUCUGAUAUUGCUGCUCAAAAGAAAAAAGAUUUAGCCGAGCAAGUUAAGGAUGUCUCUAAGAACCUUGGGUCAUUUAAGAACCAAUGA